CCCAUAGUACUGACUCUACUAGAAAACCUGCACGCGCAGUCUUCUGCGCAGCAAGUGAUACUAUCAGAGUGCUUUUUUGGGGACUGUUAUUUUAUUGAUACGUUUUUUUUCUGGAAUGGGUGUGAGUUUUCAGUGAUAUUUUGUGAUUUGUUGUAUUUUGUAUGUAUUUUUUUAAUCAUUUAGUUGUUUUCACCAAGACAUUAAGGCAUGUUGCUGAUUUUUUUCAUUAUUCAGACCGUGAUUCAUUCAGGCUUCAGCGAAGUUCCCAGCUGCGAGUACUACCUAAACAAACGUGUGGCUGGUGUAUUUCACUAUGAUCAUCACAGUCGAUAUAGCCUCACAUUCUGGGAAGCCAAGGCUGUUUGUCAAAGGAACUUUGGUGCCACGAUGGCUGACAGACAGCAGAUGUAUACAGCAUACAAGGCGGGACUUGAAGAAUGUCGGGCAGGCUGGAUCUCAUCUGGAGAAGUUGCAUAUCCCAGAGUUAGUCAACAUUGGAGGUGUGGUCAGAACCAAACUGGUGUCAUCACAUAUGGAAUCAGGAAAAAUCUGCUAGAAAAAUGGGAUGUGUUUUGUCACAAAGAUGAUAAUGACUGCUCAGCGUACCGUAUUUUAUUCCCUAAUACACAGACACCGAAAGAGGUAAAAACAGAAGAGAAUGGUGUUCUGAAAACUAAUGAUUUUAACGCUAGCUUUACUGCAAGCGAUGACUUGAAGUAUGUGUCAGUGGCAGCAACAAAUUUACAGAAUAAUCAUAUUGUCCAAGACACAGAACAGUUUGAUCAAAUACUUAUUGAUGCAGCACCUUUAAAUGAUUUUAUAGAAAAAACUGUUCCGACUGAGGGUCCUACUGGAACUACCAGAGGAAAAGAUGGGACCUUACAUUUUCCAACCAUCUUUGAUGAAAAUCAGGAACUUAGAUUUGACAGCCAUACACUAACAGAGGUCCCCCUGCUAUCAACAGAAAACUAUUCAACAACCUCAGAAGUAGAAGGAAUAACUGAGGAAUACAGCAUUGAAACCAAUAAAAAGCAAACAAAAGACUCAUCAUCUUUAACACAGCAUCACCUAGCAUCACCUGAAGUGAUUAUAACCAGCACCCAACAAAGUUUAAACAAUCCUGCAGAAAAAGUAGAUGGCAAGGCUCUGAAUAAUUUUUUUGCAAAUACUAUCACUUCCCAGGUAACAGAUGUGCUUUCCUUGAGUACCAGAAUCUCAGAUGCGAGUUACAAAAGUUAUGCAGAACUAACACAAACUCAAACAAAUUACACUCUAAGCACCUCUACAAGAGAAGAUGUCCUGCAAAGGACCAAGACUCCAUACUCAAAUAGUUUUACUAGCAUGACUGAUACAUCAACAUUAAACUCUACAGCUGCACCAGAAAGCAAAACUACUUUAUUCACAACCCAGCAUACUGAAGCAGCCACAACGUUUUCUACAUCAGAACGUUUUGACAAUCAGAGUUCACUGAAAAUAAAAGGACGUGGUGUGCAGAACUCAGUAAAUAAGGUGCUUCCAUCAACUAACGUUAGCAAGUCAGAAGAUCACAACUUGCGUUUGUUGCAAAAGGGAACAGCUGCAUAUAGCACAUCUAUUUUACCCAACUUACCUACAAAAAAAGAGUUUUCCCUAAAUAACUCAUCACAUCCUAAUACAUUUAACCCAACUUUUACUAGCCAGGAUAUACAGUCAAGUAACAAAGUGCACCUGAAAGGAAGUCCUGCUACCCAAACUACGGAAAUCAAUGCUUUACCUGCUUAUGGAUCAGUGACAGCAGUAUUUAAAUCAGUUUUAGCCACCACUGUCAGUUCUGACCACCAGCCUUUAAAACUAAAUACAGAAAUGGCAGAAAACAAAGAACAGGAAUCAGUUGUCCACCUGCCAGUGGAUUUUACAGAUUCUGCUAGUAAUAUGUCUAUGAAAUAUAAUGAAUCUAUAAGAAAUACACAGUCUUAUGUCUCAACAACAGUAUCUGAUACGAGACAGCUAACAGAGUUUACAACCUUUGCUAAAAGGUUUUUAUUCAAACCAGUGGAACCAACAAAGAGUAGUUUUUUCUACCUAGCUACUGCUAAACCAAAACACAUAGAGGGCAGUGCAGAUAGACACACAGGUUAUGCAAUCUCUAUUUCAGAAAACCAAGAAAUAGGAAAUUCAGAGCAAACAGGAAAUACCAUGGAUAAGGCAAAGAUAAAAAUAAAUGCUAGUGGUAAGAUAUCUAAAAACAAUGAAAUGAAACCCGGGCUCACUACAGAAAACAGUGAAGCUGAAGAGCUGGUUACACCAAGCUGGCAACAAGUUCCAACAACAACCAGUUUUAACAGUCGCGACUCAAAUGAUCAGAUACUGUAUAAAGAUGGUACACAGGCAUCUUUCAUGAGUAAGCAGAAUGCUGAAAAUACUCUUGCGGCCGACAAAAGGGUAGAUUCAAGCACAUCCACUCCUGGUGACAGAAGGCCAACAUUAAAAGCAGCCCAGGGAGCUUCACAUAAUGAAACUUUUUCUAGUGCUCAUCAUGGAUUGUAUGCACACACCCAAGAGCCCCCCAUGCCUGUUUCUGAUCAUUUUCAAGAGGUGCCUGAAGACAGGGAAACCUUGCAAAGCAGUUCCAUGGUUGUUGGUGACCAUUCAAGCAAUAUGGCUACCAGUACCAGUUUAAAAGCAUUUCAUAACAAUCUUUUCAAGUUCAAUAAAGGUAUUGAAAUCACUUUGAGCAUAACUAAACCAUUCACAGCUAUUGCACACAAUGAAAGUACUACCAGCAGUGCACAGAAUUCCACAGGGCCUGUAUCGGAGCACACAGGAACUGGUAGUGUGUCACCUUCACCAUUGUUUAACAACAGAGCGAUCACUUCUAAAGAUGGUGAGGCACUAUAUAAAAUACACAAGGACCAUAUGAGUUUGUCAAAAGAUAAUGCAAGUGCAAUUGUACAGGAUGAAGUUAUUGUAAGAUUUUUAAAUCAUUACAAGCAGACUUCAUCAGCAAUAUCUAGUGACACUCCUACAAAGAAUCCUGAACUUGAUGAUCAAUCUGUUAUUUCUCGCCCGAGAUAUAUAGAACAACAAGAAUUUGCUCUGACACAUGGCUCUUUCCUGCCCAAACUAUCAUCGCAGGAAAUCCUGGAUGGAAAAACAGCACAGAAUAUUUCCACCGUGAGAUCGAGAGAAGAUUCAAAACAUGAUGCGUCUACGCUGAAUGUAGUUAAGAAAGGGAACAUAUCUCUUGAGACCAUAGUUAAAAGAUUGGACGCUGUUAACAACAAUACAGAACAUAUCCAACUGUCAACACACUGGGAUAGAACCCCAAUCACAACUGUACCUGUGAUAACAGAAGGUAGCUCUCUACUUUCAGAAGAGUCAGCAACUAAACGAAGUCACAAAGGGAACAAUGAAUUCCAGGCUGGUAAUGAUGAACUGAACUAUGGAGGAGAAUCAUCCACCAUGAAGCCUACCAGGACGACUCUUGAUCAAAGAGACUUUACAGCUGAAUUAGAGGAGAAAACCAUCACAGAAUCUAACAGUGAGUCACUGCAAGCUUCACCAUCAUCUUCUCCCACUGGUGCUUUCCCUGAGUCUCACUCUUCUCAACCAGAAACUGUGACAGCUUCUCCUAUGACUGAUGGAAGCACAAUUACUCAUGUUCCCACAUCAAUGCCAUCUUCAAAUGUACAAUCAGCUUCAUGCGGUGGGGUUCUCAGGGGAGUGAUGGGAGAGUUCCAGAGCCCCGGGUUUCCUCAGUCUUAUCUGAGUGACAUGGACUGCACCUGGGUGAUCGAAGCACCAGUCGGACACAUCGUCCACUUGGACUUUCACUCCCUGGUCCUGGAGGAGCACCGAACCUGCCAGUAUGACUAUGUGAUUGUGUACGAUGGCAGAGGAGCUGCAAAGCAGGAGCUGGGCAGGUUUUGUGGCUCAGAACUGCCCCCGCAGCUCAGAGCAACAUCCAAUGCUAUGAUGGUGGUCAUGAAGAGCGACUCCUCUGUGGAACUAGAUGGUUUCUCAGCCCAGUUCAGUACUGUUAAAUCACUAGCAGUCCUUACAGGUCAGAUCAGCCUGAGAGGAGGGAUGAAUCGAUUUGAAGGGCUGGUAGAAGUGGAGUACGGGGGGCACCAGGGAGGAAUUUGUGCCAAACAAUGGGACAACAGGAAUGCAGCAGUGGUUUGUCGGCAGUUGGGAUUCUCUGGAAUGGCUUGGGCUACCAGCAGGAUUAAACUGCGGGAAGGGGAUUUACCGGUGAGCAUCUCAUAUGUGAAGUGCAGUGGAGAUGAAACCUCUCUGGAUGGCUGUGAGGUCAAGAGGGGAGUAGAAUGUGGGACAACUGAGAGAGCUGGAGUCCACUGUCAAGUUCUGGAGUCAUGCUCAGCCUUGAGGAAUGCAGGUGUCCUGGAGUCUGGGACCUACGUUAUUGACCCUGAUGGAGAGGAACUGGGGGUUGAUCCCUUCGCUGUCCAGUGUGACAUGGACAUUGAGCCAGCAACAGGUGUCACGGUGGUGGGUCAUGACUCAGAGGGUCGACUGCGUGUUGCUCCCUGUGAGGAGGCUGGCUGCUAUUCCAGACAUAUUAUAUACAACCAGGCAUCGAUAGACCAGCUAAGGGCCCUGACGGAGGUCUCUGAGUCUUGUGAACAGUUUGUUAGACUGGAGUGUCGCCAUAUCCGCUUUUUACAGGAGGGCUGGGGGUGGUGGGUGUCCAGAGAUGGGAAGAAAGUAAACUCCUGGGGUGGUGCCAUCACGGACAGUGGGAAAUGUGGCUGUGGAGAAAGAGGAGACUGUGACCGUGGAUUAUCUACAUGCAACUGUGAUGCGAACGAUGAAGUGUGGAGGUCUGAUGAGGGAUUGCUGACAGAUGCAUCCUCUCUGCCAGUUCAGGAAGUAAGAUUUGGCGACACAAGAGAUAUACCGGUAGAGAUGGCGUUUCACAGGAUAGGCAAGCUACGCUGUAGAGGACAAAAGAACAGAGUACCAGUGCUUGAGUCUUGUGCAGCACUCAAAGAGGAAGGCUUUGCUGAAUCAGGACGCUAUGUCAUUGAUCCUGACGGAGUCGGACAAGGAGUCUUCCAGUUUGAGGUUUAUUGUGACAUGACCUCAAACCCCACGACUGGUAUCACAGUGGUGAGUCAUGACAGUGAAAGCCGCAUGCGUGUCGCCCCUUGUGAAGAACAGGGCUGUUAUGGCAGAGAGCUGAAAUAUGAAGCAGAUUUGAUUCAAAUAAAUGCGCUUACUAGAGUUUCUAAAUCCUGCCAACAGUAUGUCAAGCUUGACUGUCGACACAUUCGUUUCAUUCAGUCCGGUUGGGGGUGGUGGGUCUCCUGGAAUGGACAAAAGAUGUUUCACUGGGGAGGGGCUGAGGUCAACAGCAGUAGCUGUGCCUGUGGAAUGACAGGCACAUGUUCUGGUCCAGCGAGGCUCUGUAACUGUGACAGUAACGAUCACAUUUGGAGAACAGAUGAAGGCUAUCUGCGGGGUAAAUCAUUGUUGCCAGUGAAGUCUGUGCACUUUGGUGACACACAAGACGCUCCUUUAGAAAUGGCCUUUCACACCAUUGGAAAAUUGACCUGCAAAGGAAAAGCUUCAUGCAAAAGGCUUUAAAGAAUGCAUUCUACAGCACAGUGGAUCCUGUGCAUAAAGGACAAGCUGUAGACGUCUCCUAUCAAGAAACAGCUCACAAUAUAAUCCUUCACUGCUUAAACAAAGUUCAGAAACUUCAUUAUAUAAAUGACUUUAAAAACUGUGUUUCCAGGUCCACCAAAAUGAAUUGUAACCACCAUGUAGGUUUUGCUUGUUGUAAUGAUAUGCUCACAAAGUUUUUCAUGGAUGCUAUGGCAGGUGUUAACUCGCUUCUUUUCACAGAACACUUCUUUGACUGACCAGUGGAAGGUUGUAUCUUGGUACCUGCACUAUUCAUACUUUUACAAAAAAUGUAUUAUAUGUACUUUGACUGUAGGUUGUUGUGAUCACACUUUAUGAUUUAACAGUGACACAUGGUUAGUUAAACUAUAAAUGGCUGUAUCUUACAAACUUCAAGGAACAAAAAAAUAUUGUAAAACACAUCUUUUAUACGUCUAUUGUUACUUUCAUCUGUUUUUUUUUUUUUUUUUUUUUUUUUUGGACCUGUGGCUUGCUCCCAAUUUAACUAUAGAUUGUUGUGCGGGUAAGUAAUUGUACAACAUACAGAUUCUUAUGUAAAAGUUUUUUUUGUGUGUGUACUUAGUCAUCUAUCCUGGAGCAAAUAAAUAAAUAAAUACAUAAAUAAAUAAAUACUAAAAAAUGAAGCAAUUCAUGUUAGGACAUUGGAAACUUCUGAACAAAUGCCCAUGCAAAGUUUCAUUAAAUGCUGAUAAGCGAUGCUCAAGAGAGAAAAAUGGAUGCAAGACUGAAGAUUAUCUGGGGGGCCUGUAAGAGACUUGUGGUGGCAUCCCAGACUCUUGUCUUAGACACUGAAGAGUUGGAACCUGGAACCUCUGAAAUAAAAAGUGAAACCAUUCAAACUUUA